UAGUACUGUCAGUGAUACCGCAUCCGAUGGUCGCGUAUUUUUCGCGCCAUUUCAAAUCGCGCGGGUUCUAAAUUCAAAAUUUUCCUGUGUGCCAGUGUGAAUAAUAUAUAUUUUUUUAAAUUGAAUAGCUUUUUGAUUUAUGAGUGCAGUGUUAUAGUUUUUUGGAUUGUAAAGAUUCUAAAAUAAUAGAUCCAUCGAUGUCAUCAAUUAUGUUAUAGUGUACAAUUUUUAUUAAUAUACCAACUCAAGUGUAGUGUCACUGCGCUGUUUACACUAGUGUACGAUUAGUGUACACGUAAGUGCAAUAAAAUGGGCUGCAACACUAGUUCUGAAGCGAAAACGAACAAAGAUGAGAAAGAACAAAAUAAGGACACGACAGAAAACAAACAUAAUAACGCCCAAAAUGAAGCAAAUGCCGUUAUUUCGGAGGAACAAGCGGCGACUAAGAUACAAGCAGCGUUCAGGGGCCACCAGACGAGGAAAACAAUGAGUAUGAAGGCAGCCACCAACAAGCCGGAGCCAGAGCCCACCAGGGCCGAGCUGGAGGCCGAAUUCCGAGCCGAUGACAAAGAUUUGUGCCAUGCCGCAACGAAGAUUCAAGCAUCGUUCAGGGGACACCAGGCCCGCAAGCAGACUCAGGCGGAGAAGGACAAAGAACAGCAGGAUAAGGAGGAUAUAGAGAAGAUCGACUUGACCGACCCUGACCUGAACAAGGCUGCGACCAAGAUACAAGCCUCGUUCCGCGGUCAUAAAGUGCGCAAGGAUGUCCCCAACUAAGGUGACCAUACUGUCGUGGCACCGGCGGGAUUCUGACUUCGUAGGUACGAAAAUAGAAUGUGUUCGAUUACACCUAGGUUAUAAACGUAAUGCAAGGUAAAUAUUAUCAAGGAACAAAAAAGUCCACUCUAUUUUCGAUACAAAAGAACAAUUUAUCAUGAAAUCGGUGUUAGUAAUGUUAUGUCAAAGUUACUCGAUACUAAAUAGUGAUUGAGUUAUUGAAAAUCGUGCGUACGAAGUUAGACAACCUUGCAUCGUUUAAUAGUUAUGUAAAAGUGUGUAAUCGUGAAUGAGAUGUCAAUUCUGUACUAAACUAUAUACUAAUGUCAAUUUUUAUCCUAUACUUGUGUUGAUCAUCUGUGUGUAGCAUUGGAUUGACGUGUCACAUGAAUACCAAAGAGUAGAGAAUAUUGGAAAUGAAUUGAAAUAUUUAUAAUAUAUACUUAUAUAUAGAAAUCUGUCCCGUUUUUCUAUUAACAUUUUGGCUACCAUACUUCGUGUUAACUUACUUAAAGUUUCUCAACUUUAUUUUAACAUUCCAUUGUAUUGUUCUUCUACUUUCAAUGUUUGUUGAAUAUGUAAGAAUUUAUUUAUGAAUAAAGUAGUUUUAAGAAUAUUUAGGGUUUAAUUGCUGAUAAAUCUGCUUCAUUUAAUGCAUAUUACAAAUUAAAAUCAAAUUUAUUAUAAUAACUAUAAUGAUGUAUAAUACAUUGAGGCAUGAAUUGAAAUUGUACUUUGCAUAGAAAUGGAUUUUUUUUUAAUAAUUUUGGGUUUAAAUAUUUUUUUAUUAAUUUAAUUGUUACUGCCACUCAUAUUUGCUGAUUUUUUCUGUAAAGUUCUGGUAAUUUUAGGAUUUAUAUUAAAUUAAAUAUUUAAUAUUCGCCUA